AACAAAGGAGUUAACACAAACUUCGACAACUAAUUUGAUUGAAAAUACAUCACGGAUGACAUAACGAGCAAAAUGUCAAUGUCAACGAGGUAGCCAUUACGAAUCCAAGAUGGCGGCACACGACAAAGAUUGGGUCGAUUACUUCGGAGAUUUUAACGACACGAGACAAAUAGUUGACAGUGACAGUACAGAUUUAGAUAUUUCAAAGCUUAAUUAUUAUGAUAAUCAGACUGGUUAUCCUGGUUAUUCGAACUUUAGCUCAGAUGAUUUCUGUCUGUCAAACCAUUCACAUUUCUACUUAAAUGUCACUUGCGAAUUUCCGAUUAAUUAUGCCGAACCUAUGUAUGGGUACAUUGCACCAUUCCUUCUAGCAACAACGACUGUAGCAAACACACUAAUCGUCGUGGUAUUAUCGAGACGUCACAUGAGAACUCCAACGAAUGUAGUACUAAUGGCUAUGGCUCUCUGUGAUAUGUUCACCAUGCUAUUCCCAGCACCAUGGCUCUUCUAUAUGUACACUUUUGGAAACCAUUAUAAGCCCCUGAGUCCGGUGAGAGCGUGUCAAGCAUGGAAUUAUAUGAACGAGGUCAUACCGGCAAUGUUCCACACGGCGAGUAUCUGGCUAACCCUGGCUCUGGCAGUGCAGCGCUACAUCUACGUUUGUCACGCACCAGUCGCUCGAACAUGGUGUACGAUGCCCCGUGUGAUGAAGUGCCUGGUGUACAUUGGCGUGGCCGCCUUCCUUCACCAGCUGCCCAGGUUCUUCGACCGUCGGUACGUGCCACAGAUCACAGUCUGGCGAGGACAUUUCGAAGAAGUAUGCAGA